AUGGUAUUGCAGUGCCUUCUACCUCUUGCUUGUGUUCUGGUCUUGGCUGCCCCAGGUCUCUCCAUGCCUAUACAAACCCUAAACAUCUUCAAGAUGACUCUCUCCAACACUUCGGCAAGUGCUCUGAAGAAAACCAGUUGGCCCAAAGACUGCAGCGAGCUUGUCUCUGGCAGCCCCAGUGGCAUCUACAUAAUCCAGCCCACAGGCCUCCACCCCAUCAUGGUGUACUGUGAAAUGAAUGUGACAAAUGGGGGCUGGACGGUCAUCCAGAGGAACCAGAAAGACACAGCUGUCACCUGGGCUGAGUCCUGGAGCACCUAUAAAUACGGCUUUGGGAACGUGCGCAGUGAGUACUGGCUGGGCACCGAGUACAUCCAUCAGAUCACCAAGCAGAAGGUCUACCAGGUCAGAUUUGUCAUCUGGGAUGCCUCAAACAACAUCAGAUUUGCAGACUACAACCUCUUCAGUCUGGAUGAUGAGUCCCAUGGCUACCGGCUGAGGCUGGGCUCCUACACAGGGACAGCAGGGGAUGCCAUGGACUCAGACAAUCCCAGUAAUGUGCACAACAACAUGAAAUUCUCCACAAAAGACAUGGAUCAAGACACUUCAAGAAAGAACUGUGCAUCCCACUCUGGGGGUGGGUGGUGGUACUCGGCAUGUUAUUCUGUACGGCUGAAUUUCAAGGGUGGCAUGACAUGGGGUAGCCUGUGUAAAGGGGACUGCAAAUCUUCCCUUAUCCUCAUCAAACCAGCUCCUUACCACUAG